CACGUUGAGAGUGUGAGGAGGGAGAGAGGGAGAGAGAGAGGGAGGGAGAGGACGUCUGGACUCCACAGAGACCUGGUUCCACAGAGACCCGGUUCCGACCCACUGCAGACAGGCUGCCCGAGUCACCUCAAAGCAGAGCCCGACAGAUGGUUGUCCGGAAGAGUUCCAGUGCACUGAGCGCGUUUCCUCCCGAGCUCACCAUGCCGAUUGACAUGGCGUUACCUCUGUACCUGUCCAAAGAGGAGUUUGUCUACAGGACGUCUCCCAAAACUCGAAGACCUGCUCUGAACUCCUGCCUGAGGUUCCAGCACCCUCGCUGCAUCGAUCAGACUGAGCCCGAGGAUGGAAGAUCCUCCAGGAAAUCCAAGAAGCGUGUGACGUUUGCUGAUGAUAAAGGCCUGUCUCUAACCAAAGUGAAGAUCUUCUCUGAGUUCAACGAUCCCAUCGAUAUUCCUCUGAACAUCCAGGAGAUGCUCAACUCGGCUCUCUCUCUGACAGCUGAGGAGGACCAGCUGGUGCUGGACUUCACUCAGCCGUCCUCGGACUACCUGUGCUUCCGUCAGAGCCUGGAGAGGAACUACGUCUGUCUGGAGCACUGCGUGUUGAAGGAGAAGGCCUUAGCAGGAACCAUCAAGGUCAAGAAUGUGUCCUUUGAGAAGUCUGUGAAGCUGCGGGUGACCUUUGACACCUGGAAGAGCCACACAGAUGUAGACUGUGUGUACAUGAAGGACACGUAUCCCAGCUCGUACAGCGACACGUUCUCCUUCAACGUGUCUCUACCUGAUGAGCUGGGGCCGCACGAGUGCGUCGAGUUCGCCGUCUGCUACGAGGUGGGUGGAUGCGAGUACUGGGACAGCAACCAUGGGGAGAACUACAGCAUCGUCUGGUCCUCCAGGAAGAGGAGCCACCGGGACGCCUGCAGCCGCCAGUCCGACUUUGGGAUUCAUUUUGACCGAUACGGCAGCCCCACCUGUUCACACGGUAUCUUCCCCGAUUGGCCGAGUUACGCAGGAUACGAGAAUACCGGACCGUACUACUGAACAGGAACCACGUUUGUGGUUGGUGUGGGUUUUUUUUAAAUGUCCUGUUGUCCUGUUGCACAUCACUGUAAACUCAUCUACUUUAAAUAUGUCACCUGGACUUUGUUAUUGUUGAAGAGGAUACCUGUGGCCACCUCUACCUCUACUCUACAGCAACUCAGAAUCACUUUCAUUAUCACUUCACAGUAUUUUCUUCAUUAAUAGAUCUUUAAAAUGUCUGUCGCAGUGUCUCACAAAGCGACCCAGAGAGAUUAGUUUAGUGUGAGAAUAGACUGUAUAAUUAAAAAUGGCUGUAGUCCCUUCUUCUGGUUUCCCAACUGGAGAAUUGGCGCCACCUAUUGUUUAUCUGAUGAACCAGCUCACAUACUGCUGCUGGAUGGAAACAAGCAUUCACACAUUGUCUGUUGCUGAUUUUAAUAUUUGUGAUACGUUUCUAUGGAUACAUGUCUGUUAGAAUGAGAGUGAGACCCCAGAGACGUCACUGUGUCCCCCUCAAACCAAACAGCAGCUGUGAGGUUAACAGAAGCUGCUCUUAAGUUCAUGUAUAGAUGUGUUGCCACCAUUAAAGACAAAUGAUGACUGUUGUCUUUGUAACAUAGUUCUAAUGAUCUCUGCCAUUAUCCAUCUAAACUUACUAAAAAUGUCCAUCCGUUGGAGCUCGGCCUCCAGCUGAGGUGAUGGUUUAAUAUUUCACAGGAGCUGUUGCUUCAGAUGGUUUCCCAACAUGACACAGCUGAAGUUUAUCUGGUUUCUCUUUCACAAUAAUCUACACACGUUCAGUUACAAUAUGAGGUACAACACCAGUUUUUGGAAUGAAAUGUGUCAUUCAUGUUACUUUUUAGUGAUUUUUCUUAAGUGAACUAGUUCUACGUGGUUUUUAUCAGGAUGAGAGGCUGUCAAUCACUGCUCAGGUGGCUCUUCAUAUGGAGUUCUUCCUCACUGUGUCUAUAUUUCAACCUUCUGUUUGAACACUAGGUGUGUCGGUGUUUGCACACAAGAACAAAGAUGCUGCAGUGUUAAAGCUGUUUGUAAUUUAGCAUUAGCAUUGAUUUCCUGUCUCUUUUUAAUGUCCCUUUGUCUGCACAUGCUCAGUGUUGAGGUGUCUGAAUGGGUUGUUGUGAUGCUGCUCAGUAAAAUUAGUAAAAGUGUUAUUACAAUGUUUUGUGCAAAAAAUUGUGUACAAGUACAAUAAAAUGAAAUAUUUGUAGAA